GACAAUCUAAUCGGGCAGGUCUUAUCUUUGAACUUGGAAGACACAUAUUGUGGCAUUUCAAUUAUUCACAGUGGAGGGAUAAAGAACCGAAAGUUUUAAAUUAGGCAACUAAAACCGUUUUACUAGGCAGCUAACAGUUAAUUGAAAUAUGAAACUUUCUGUGCGUGUACACGGGGACUGGUUCGCCGUUCCCUGUAAGGGAUCAGAAAAGGUGAAUUGGCUUGGGGAGGAAUCCUUGCGUCGUUACUACAAAUCCAAGUGUAACACCGGCCACGCCGAAGAAACAGUAUUCGAAGUACGAAAAGCCAAGGGUGGAGCCAUUUUGGAUCCUGACGACUCAAUCCGUGAUGUUCUCGACGACAGUGACUUUGUUACAAUUGUCCUUGAAAGUGACAUGUCGAGCCCCGCCACAGGACCUGCUGAACCCGUCUAUUGGGAGGAGAAAAUACCAAAGGAAAGUGUCCAAGUUGCUAAGGAAGUGAUGUCAUUGGAUGGUAACAGCUUGUCCACAGACGAUUUGGUCAGACUGGGGAAGGGCUACUACAGCAUCAAGCUGACGGUUGAGUCUGAACAGAAGGUCAACAAAGCCAGAAAGCUUUUAGAGGAUAUCAUUAGUUCCAAUAAAGUUGUGUACGGCAUUACUACUGGGUUUGGAAAAUUCGCUAACACAAUCAUUGAAAGGUCAAAACUGAUAGAACUGCAGGAAAAUCUUAUUCGCUCUCACGCUGCUGGUGUUGGUCCCCCGCUCACCCCGGAGAGAACUCGCAUGGUCUUAGCCCUAAGGAUCAAUGUGUUAGCGAAGGGUUUCAGUGGCAUCUCCAUGGACACAUUGCAAAAAUACAUUGCUGCUUUUAACGCUUCCUGUUUGCCAUUUGUGCCCGAAAAAGGGACAGUGGGUGCUAGUGGCGACCUUGCCCCAUUGUCCCAUCUCGCUCUCGGCAUGAUGGGGGAGGGCAAAAUGUGGAGCCCAAAAAGUGGCUGGGCAGAUGCAAAAUAUGUUCUGGAAUUCAACGGGUUAGAGCCUGUAAAAUUAGGACCAAAGGAGGGUAUUGCAUUGAUCAACGGAACACAGCUUAUAGCCGGACUGGGCUCGGAAGCGGUGGAGAGAGCUGAAGCUAUCGCACGACAGGCGGAUAUCGUCGCGGCCUUCACCUUGGAUGUCCUGAAGGGCACAACUAGAGCAUUUGAUAGCAACAUACAUGAGGUCCGGCCACACAAGGGUCAAAUCAAGGUCGCCAGAAGACUACGAUCGCUUCUCCACUCCGAAACACACCCAUCCGAGAUUGCUGCUAGCCAUAGAUUCUGCGAUAAGGUUCAGGACGCCUACACUCUUCGCUGUUGUCCUCAGGUCCAUGGAAUAGUGAACGACACUAUAGAAUUUGUGAAGGGAAUUCUUACAACGGAAAUCAACAGUGCUACGGAUAACCCCAUGGUUUUUGCUGAUAUUGAAGAAAUCAUAUCAGGGGGAAAUUUCCACGGAGAAUAUCCAGCAAAGGCUCUGGAUUACCUUGCCAUUGGUGUUCAUGAACUCGCAAAUAUGAGUGAACGGCGUAUCGAGAGACUUGUUAACCCAGCUUAUAGUGAGUUACCAGCCUUCCUAACACCUGACGGCGGUCUCAACUCGGGCUUCAUGAUUGCCCACUGUACUGCCGCCUCCUUGGUCUCUGAGAACAAGGUCUUGUGCCAUCCGGCGUCUGUCGACUCAUUGACAACGAGUGCGGGGACGGAGGAUCACGUGUCGAUGGGAGGAUUCGCCGCUAGAAAAUGUCUGCGUGUAGUUGAACAUGUUGAGCAAGUGCUGGCGAUAGAAUUAUUAGCAGCAUGCCAGGCGAUCGAGUUCUUGCGGCCGUUGAAAUCUACUCCUCCACUUGAAGAAGUCUACAAGUUGGUUCGAACUAAAGUUGGACCCUGGGAUAAAGACCGCUACAUGACACCUGAUAUUGAAUCUGUGACGAAGAUGUUACAAGAGGAACAGGUUUGGAGAAAGGCAAAACCAAUGAUGGAUAACUACCAUUCUCUCCAGUCUAUUGAAACUAGAGUAUUCUCCCCAACCACCAGUGGCCCCGAUGCACCUCCUCCAGCGAAGAGAAGGAAAACGUCGAGUAUGUCGCGACGUUAGUUAGUGUCCUGGUGCCGCAACAUCACACACAGAGAUGUAAAUUGGAGAUAUGACAUGUUGUCAAAUUGCAUUAUUUUGAACUGCAGAAAAUUAUUGACAAAUCACUUGUUAAAGUAGAAAUUUCUGUUUAAUUGCAGAUUGAAAUUCAGUGUUAAUAAAAAAAUAAUAUAAUGUGUAUCCGUGGUUUAUUCCAUAAUCACGAAUCAUGAAGAAUGUACCAUAAAUUUCAAAACAUAUCAUAGUAUACCCAUGAUACCAUUGUCACGCAAUAUGUAACAUAUACCUCGAUGUAUGAAGUGGUAUCUACCAUAAUUGCUAAUUAUGUCCGUGGAUUGUACAAUUAUGUACUAUGUAUCUCGAAGUAUGUUUGUAAUGUCGAGAGAAUUGGAGUGGGAUGUAUGUAGUUCUGAUCAUUCUGUGAGUGCGACUUUGAAAGGUGAUGAGACACGCGUGUAAGAUAUGAAUCUGUCUUUGUAUAUGACAGAAUAAUUUGUCUUGUUGUUUUGUGCAGCAUUUGCGAUCACGAACUCUUUUCAAUUGUAAUUUCUAAAUCAAAUAUCAGGAUGCUUGCAUCAUAAUAUCAUAAAAAUACGUAUCUCUUUUGAUUUUCCAGGGAAUAAAAUCUAUAGUACAGGUUUGGUUUUUGUGCGUUUGUCAUCUUUGAAAUGUAGUGAAAUGCCUUUAAACAUCCCUUUUCAUAUAAAUGAAAUUGUGCACAUUUUCUUUUUGGAUAUAUGAAAUUGUUUGCAUAAUUGAUUUCUAUCGAAGAAUGUUUAAACAUAAAUUUGAUCCAUGUACAAUGUAUACUUGAAAGACUGGCAACUUAAUAUAUUUUUACAAUUAUCAUAGUCCUCUUAUUCAGCUAGUCAUAUGUCCUUAGCUUUCCAGAACUUGUGAACAGGACAAGAAUUUCAAAGCUGAAAACAAUAUCCUGUGCUGAAAAUCGCACCAUGCUGAGAACCGUUUGAAGGCAGUUAACUCAAAUUAAGAAUCAAUUCUAGUUAACUCCCCUUGUAAGGACACUAUGAUCAUGAUUCGGACUCAAACUCUCCGUUUGAUAUAUAUAUAUAUA